GGUUAUAAACAGAAAAGCCUGUGUAUGUGUGUUUGUGUGUUACUUUAUCCUCUAAUCCACACCAUGGAUCUCCAACACACCCUUACAUCUGGAAUAUUAAUUUUAUUUUUGAUUAAUGCCUGUUUUUCUGACAUCCCAGUGGAAGAAGAGGAUCCAAGGUUUUGGAACAUAAAGGGGAAGGAAGCUCUCAUCUCGGCUUUAUCUCUGAAACCGAAUGUUCAUCGAGCCAAAAAUCUUAUCCUCUUCCUUGGAGACGGUAUGGGAGUUUCGACAGUGACAGCUGCUCGGAUUCUGAAAGGGCAGCUCGCUGGUAAAAAUGGAGAGGAGACUCUGUUAACCAUGGACAUGUUCCCUCACCUGGCUUUAUCCAAGACCUAUAACGUGAAUCAGCAGAUGCCGGACAGUGCUGGUACAGCUACAGCAUAUCUGUGUGGCGUGAAAGCGAAUUACGGAACAAUGGGUCUCAGUGCUGCGGCUCGGAGGGGUCAGUGUAGCAGCACCAGGGGCAAUGAGGUCAAAUCAGUCCUCCACCGUGCCAGAGCAGCAGGGAAAUCUGUGGGUGUUGUGACCACCACACGAGUUCAGCACGCAUCCCCAGGGGCAAAUUACGCCCACACUGCUGAUAGAGAUUGGUACAGUGACGCUGAGAUGCCUGCUACUGCAGUGAGUGAAGGCUGUAAAGACAUUGCCUACCAACUCGUCUACAACACUGACAUUAACGUGAUUUUAGGUGGAGGGAGACAGUAUAUGCUCCCUAUAGAGACUGCAGAUCCUGAAUAUCCUUCAACCAAUGGCAGGAGAAACGACAAAACCAACCUGAUCAAUGAGUGGCUCAAAAACAAAAAGAAUGCCCAUUAUGUGUGGAAUAAAGCUCAGUUCAAUGCUGUGGAUGACAGAAACACAGAUUAUUUAAUGGGUCUUUUUGAGCCAAAAGAUACCAGGUACGAGCUGGAAAGGGAUCCAGAAACAGAUCCGUCACUCACAGAGAUGACGGAAAAAGCAAUCAAGAUCCUCAGCAAGAACCCUAAUGGAUUUUACCUCUUUGUGGAAGGUGGUAGAAUAGAUCAUGGCCACCAUGAUAGUAUAGCUAAACAUGCGCUGUAUGAAGCAGUGGAGUUUGACCGCGCUAUUGCCCGAGCAGCCGAGUUGACCAGCGAACUGGACACCAUGACUGUUGUCACCGCUGAUCAUUCACACGUGUUCUCUUUUGGCGGAAACUCACCCAGGGGGAAUCCAGUACUGGGACUGUCUACUAAAAUUGCCACUGAUAAGAAACCCUUCACCACCACUCUGUAUGGGAACGGACCAGGAUAUAUUGCAAAUCGAACACGGCCGGAUCUUAACUACACUAUUACAAGCAGGAACGAUUAUGUCCAGCAGUCCGUUGCCCCUCUCUCGUCUGAAACGCAUGGUUCUGAAGACGUGGCCAUUUUUGCAAAAGGCCCGAUGUCUCAUCUUUUCCAUAGUGUUCAGGAGCAGAGCUACAUUGCUCACGCUAUGGCCUACGCCGCUUGCAUCGAGCCCUACGAAGACUGUCACCUUCAGCUGACUCCUGAACAAGACCGAAAUAAUGCCAUUUUCAUCAGGCUCAGUGUCUCCACCAUGCUGCUCAGCCACUUCACUUCUCUCAUUAAUUUCUUCUGAAGGAGCUGUGCUUGACACUGAACACUUAUUUCCCCUACACAUUAUGUAACAUGGAGAAACAUUUUGGACUUUUUUCUGAGCAUAUGAUAUAAAUAUAAUAAUGUAAUAUAAUAAAUGUAUAUGUAAUUAGUGCAAUGCUAUUAACGUAUCAGUAACACACCUUGUAUAGAUUAAGUCUACUAGAGAUAUCAGUUGUAUCUUUAUUAUUAACACAUUUUACUGCAUGUUAUAGGAAUCUGUGUCAUGUGUAGGAAUGUCAUGACUAAAAAAAGAACCAAACAUACUUGAAAUUACAAUGGCAAUAUUUCUGAUGUACAAAAUGCAUUGUUUAGGACUGUCACAUGAUGCAGCUGAUUUCAGAGGUUAUAUUCAAUAAGGGGGGAAAAAAUAGUUUUAAAAAUCAAAGGUAUUCACUGGAGUCUGAAACAAAAAUAUUUUAAAUUUAAUUUGGGAUUUUGUGUAGGCGGAUAUAAAGAUAUACCAUAGACAUUAAUAAAGACAAUAGUUUAGAGAGCAAUGGAAAUCAGAAUAAUGACUUAUGUUAAAUUACAGUGAUGGUUAAAAACAGCCUUAAAUUUACUGUCAAUAAAUAUAAACAUUAUGCACAAAA